AUGAAACCCACCGAAACAUUUAGAGAAUAUGCAUAUAGGUGGAGGGACAUGUCUGUCCAAGUUAAUCCUCCGGUGGAAGACAGGGAGGCUAUUUCCCUAUUUGUGAAUACCUUGAAAGAUCCUUACUUCGGGCAUCUCUUAGGAGCAACCCCCCAUGACUUCAUGGACAUUGUUUCUACUGGAGAGAGGAUCAAGACGGCCAUCAAAGUCGGGAGAACUAAAGGAGGUAGACCCCAAGUUGUUCCUUCCGAGACCAUGCCCGCCCAACCAAAUGUGCGAACUCAUGAUAGGGGCAUCCAGAGAAAUACGAGAAGGAUAGAUCCUAUUCCAAUGACAUACUCAGAAUUAUUCCCACAAUUGAUGGAAAGGAACUUAGUUUCAGUCAUUCCUGGAACGGUUCAAACACUAAGAGAAGCCAGAUGGCUAGCAUUUGAUGAUAAACAACCAGGAAUUCAAGGGAACCCUUUGCCCAAUCAUGGGGGUAACAAUGUCGGAAUGAUAGAAGAAGGGACGAAUGAAGUGGAUUUUGAACAAAUGUCUUUAGAUUGGGUGAUCAAUGAACUUAUUGCAGCAGGUCGGAUAGGGAAGGAGGCCGUUUGCCCCACUAAUGUACUUUGUUUAUGUCAGAGUAAGGAAGGAAGAUCUGUGAAACAGUGUGUAACUUUUAGAAUGUUUUUGCAAAAGAUGGUGGAUGACAAGUCUAUAGAGAUCGGUUGUACCCGCAAAAGUGGAGAGAUUGCAGUCGUUGGGGAAAAUAGGCCAGUAUAUCAUCAGUGCGCUAAUCAACCAUUCAUACCUACCAUGAACAAGGCCCUUCCCACACAGGAAGCGCCAGCUCGCUUGGUGAUCUCUAUUCCCAGGCCAUUCCCAUACAAAAGUAACCAAGCAGUACCCUGGAAAUAUGAAUGCAAAGCGUAUGUCGAAGGAAGCACCAGCAAUAUAGCAGGGAUAACUCGAAGUGGUAGGGUGUAUAUGCCAGGUUUUUCUAAAGCAAAUCGAAAAAAUGCAGGGGAACCAGACAGGGCAGUGAAAAGUCCAAUAUCCAAUGGAGAGGCCGAAGAAUUCCUGAAGAUAAUAAAGCAUAGUGAGUAUAACAUUGUGGACCAACUAAAGAAAAUGCCGGCUCACAUAUCUGUUUUGUCACUACUACUAAAUUCAGAGACCCAUCGGGAGGCGUUACUUAAAGUCCUAAAUCAAGCCUACAUUCCCCAAGAUAUCAGCGUUGAUAAAUUCAAUCAUGUGAUCGGAAGUCUGGCAGCCUCCAACUACAUCACCUUUACUGAUGAAGAAAUUCCGCCAGAAGGCCAGGGGCACAACAAGGCGCUGCAUAUAUCCACCCAAUGUAAGGAUCAUAUGAUGUCUCGAGUCUUGAUAGAUAAUGGGUCAUCCCUCAAUGUUAUGCCAAUGACUACACUGCAAAGGUUACCCAUUGAUCCUUCUUAUGUGACAACAAACAAUUUGGUGGUGCGUGCCUUCGAUGGAACAUGA